GGUUAUUUGAGGCCAGGGCUCUGGUUCUUCCUCCUCUCAAUUCAGCUCACUGUGGGCCUUGAACCUAGGAUUCCCGGCUGGCUAUCAUGGAUCCUCUGCUGGAAGCAAAUGGUACCUUUGCCUUAAAACUUUUGAAAAUCCUGGGUGAAGACAGCUCAAAAAACGUAUUUUUCUCACCCAUGAGCAUCUCCUCAGCCCUGGCCAUGGUCUUCAUGGGGGCAAAGGGCAACACUGCAAGCCAGAUGAUUCAGGCACUCUCUUUGGAUAAAUGCAGCAGCAAUGGAGGUGGCAAUGUCCACCAGGGCUUCCAGUCACUUCUCACCGAAGUGAACAAGACUGGCACACAGUACCUGCUCAGAACAGCCAACAGGCUCUUUGGUGAAAAGACUCUUGAUAUUCUAGCAUCUUUUAAAGAUUCCUGCCACAAGUUCUACGAAGCAGAGAUGGAGCAAUUGGACUUUAAGGGUGAAACAGAGCAGUCCCGACAGCACAUCAACACCUGGGUCACCAAGAAGACAGAAGAUAAAAUUACAGAGUUGCUGAUUCCAGGUGCAGUGAAUUCAGACACUCUGCUGGUCCUGGUGAAUGCCAUCUACUUCAAAGGAAACUGGGAGAAACAGUUUAACAAAGAAGACACCCAGGAGAUGCCUUUCAAAGUCACCAUGAAUGAGGAGAAACCUGUGCAAAUGAUGUUUAAGAAGUCUACUGUUAAGAUGACCUACGUGGAAGAGAUAUCCACCACAAUUCUGUUGCUUCCCUAUGUCGGCAAUGAGCUGAACAUGGUCAUCAUGCUUCCAGAUAAACACAUUGACUUGAGAAUGGUGGAAAAGGAGAUAACUUAUGAAAAAUUCACAGAGUGGACGAGGCUGGAUAAGAUGGAUGAAGAGGAGGUGGAGGUUUUCCUCCCACGGUUUAAACUGGAAGAGAAUUAUGACAUGAAGAAUGUCCUAUGCAAGCUGGGCAUGACUGAUGCCUUUGAGGACAGGGCAGACUUUUCGGGAAUGUCUUCCAGGCAAGGCUUGUGUCUGUCUAAGGUUGUGCACAAGUCCUUUGUGGAGGUCAACGAGGAGGGCACAGAGGCUGCGGCUGCCACCACCAAUGUAGUUUUUAAGUGUAUGUCCCCCUACUUCUGUGCCGACCACCCCUUCCUUUUCUUCAUCCAGCACUGCAAGACCAAGGGGAUUGUGUUCUGUGGCCGGUUCUCCUCCCCUUGAGAAAGGGUGCUCCUGUGUCAGCCCACGGCCUUGGCCCAGACCCUCUCCCGCGAUCCAUGAUUUGUCUGUGGAUUAAUAAAUGUUGAGACAA